ACGGUUUAUAUAAGAGGCGCCCACAAAGAGGAAUUCAUCACCCGUUGACGACGGUUUGCAAUAUUUAGAUCCAAGCUAAGAAAGCAAAAUGGUUGUGUCGAUUGUGAUUCCCAAAAGUGCAUGCCAUGUUCGCUCUGCUAGCUUUCCCUCUGUGUCUCAUCCCCUGAUGUUAAGGAUUGAAAAGAAGUUGAAGGAAUUGAGAGGCUCCUUACCGUCGUCUCCCGGCGGCACCGUAGAAUCACUGUGCGAUGGACUUAGAGGUCUUGCCGACUUGUUAGAAAGCGUACAGGAAUCGCUACAAUCUCCAUUCGCCCGCCAAGCCCUAGUCCAUGGCCGACAGGAUAAAUGGGUGGAUGAGGUGUUGGAUGGAUCCCUCACGCUAUUGGAUGUGAGUGGUACCACGCGGGAUGUUUUACUGCAGAUGAAGGAAGAGAUGCAAACCGUUCAAUCCACACUGCGAAGGAGGAAGAAUGCAGAGCUUGAUCUAGAAGGUAGCAUUGCUGCCUACAUGUUCUCUAGAAAGACCGUGAAUAAGGUGAUCCACAAGUGUCUGGGAGAUGUUAAGAGAAUGGAGAGAACACAGUAUUCCACCUCCUCUGUCUUGGACAAAAACCAAGACCUUGUGGUAAUGGCUAGUAUGCUGAAAGAAGUUGAAGGCAUCGCUCUCAUCCUCCUCGACUCCAUCUUGUCUUUCAUAGCUGCCCCAAAGACGAGAACUGGUUGGUCUUUGGUUUCCAAAUUGAUCAUGUACAACAGGAGAUCUGCGUGUGAGCCGGAGCUAAUGGUUGCCAAUGAGGUCGACAAGAUAGACCUUGCAUUGUGCGCCCUCACUGGCCGUAGGUCGUCCUGUAAAGAAAGCGACGUGGUCAAUCUGCAAAAUGUGCAGAAAUGCUUGAAAGUAUUGGAGAUGAGAAUGGGAUCCCUUGAUGACUGCUUGGAAUGUGUUUUCAGGCACUUGAUCAAAACAAGGGUAUCCCUUCUCAACAUCCUCAACCAGUAAUGCUGAUGCAUAAAGGCUGAGCCCCCCCCCACAAAAAAAAUAAAUAAAUACAAA